AUGGGGUUGAUGGUGAAGAAUGUCAAUAGUACAUUGCAGUUUUGUCUGACUGUGCUCAAAUUCGCUGGGUUUCUCACACCCCCUCAGGAGGGAAGAGUUUUGCGAUUUGCGCUAUGGGUCUAUUGUUUUUCGUCUUUUAUGUAUGUAGUGGGUGGUAUCAUAAUAGCCCAAGCAGGGGCCAUGUUUGAAAUAUGGGGUGACAUAGCACUCAUGAUUAGUGCGUCAUUUCUGCUGUUCACCAACUUGGCCUUUGCCACGAAGAUCAUCAACGUGGUGGUGAGGUCUCGUGAGAUUCAGGAGAUCAUUGAUGCGGCUGAUGCUGAUCUGUUGGCUGAGGAUAGGAACUUGGGUGUAGAAGUCAUUAAAAGUUGCAAUGCUGAAACAACCAGGAGUAUGUGUCUAUAUACCCUGCUAUCAGGUGUGACAGUGUUUGGCUGGGCAGCCAGUGCUGAGAAAAACCAACUGCCUCUUAGAGCUUGGUACCCAUAUGAUGCUUCUAAAUCACCUGCCUACGAACUUACAUACUUCAACCAGAGUUCAUCAGUGACUGCAGCUGCGUUAGUAAAUGUAUGCCUGGAUACUUUGGUGACGUCAUUGAUAGCAGUCUGCCGUUGCAGGCUGCGACUUGUGGCAUUGUCUCUCAGGACGUUGUGUGAAGGAAUUCCUUUGCCCGAUAAGCAACUCAUAUCACCCAAAGACGAAAAGACAGUACAUACCCGUUUGUCCCAGUGCAUCGUUAAACAUGAAGCCGCAUUGAAAGCUGCCAGACAGAUACAGCACUGCUUCUCUUUGCCCAUACUGGCGCAGUUUGCUGUGUCUGGUGUCAUUAUAUGCGUCACGGCUUAUCAACUGGCUAUGGAACUAAACAACAGAAAUUGGUUCCGCUCUAUUCCGAUGGUGGCUUACCUGCUUUGCAUGAUAAUGCAAGUGUUUCUCUACUGCUAUCAAGGAAACCAGCUCCUUGAAGAGAGUUCAGAAAUAGCGGGAGCGGCCUACGAGUGUCCGUGGUACCAGUGUUCAGUGCGCUUGCGUCGUACUCUGCUAAUCGUGAUGGUGCGCACGCGUCGCGCUCUCAUACUCACUGCCGGCGGCAUCACCACGCUGUCACUCGCUUGUUUUACCUCGAUAAUAAAAGCUUCAUACACUUUCUUCACAGUACUGAAGCAAGUUGAGGACAGGGAUCCUAAGUAA